UCCAGGGCUGCACUAGCCGCUCACAUCAGCUGAUGCCGCGCUUGUAAUCCAACAACCACAACAACAACAAGAACGCACUAUGAAAGCUUGUUUCGCUUUUACACACUUCCAGCGUCUUGGCAGCGUCAUGAAAAUAAUACUCGCCGAGGCCGAGGCAGGUGGUGCGGCGCCGGGGUGGGUGGUGGAUGAGCUCAUACGAAAGGGAAAAGAAACAAGUUUAGCUUUUUGGAAACGUAGCGACGGCAGCAGCCUCAUUUGAACGCCAAACGCCAUCGACGCCGGAUCGUUGGAGCGAGGGAAUAUCCAUAUGUACAUAGAAGAACGCGAAAAGUGUGUGAGAAAGUGCCCACCAUUGUGUGUGCGUGUGUGAGCGAAGUGCGCUAGUGCCCUACCCGUAUUAUGAGAAUUUUUCGUACACCACUUUUCCCUUACUAAUUGUCGAAAGUCGGAAAAAAAUUGUGUUACGUGGCCGCCGCAGCAGCGUUUGCAUAAAAUUUUUUCAACGCCAGGCCCAGGCCAGUCCAGUCAGCUAAGCUUCUCAAAAAACGCUUCUAAUCGCACUCACACACACACGCGCCCUGCCAGAAGCGACAGUUUCGAUUUAUUCCGUUCUCUGUGCUGGGAAAACAAAACAUCCAAAGCGAGAACCCAAUUGUUGGGCGACCAGGAGAGGCCCAAACUCUUCAGCGGCCAACAACAAAAUCAAUAAUUGGCCCUGCGUCCGGUCCCAUCUGCGUGUGUGUGUGUGGCGCAAAGGUUGUGGGAACAACUGGAGCAAUGCCUUGCUGAUUGAUAGAAAAAAUAAGCAACAAUAGAGACCAGAGAACUGCAAAUUGAAUUAAGGCCGAGAAAGAUCCAGAUCCACCAUGCAGUCGGUACAAUCGCCCGGUACACCUGUGAACAGUGGUCCGGCAAUUGCGGCAGCGCCUCCGCCGCCCACCGCCUCGCUCCCGGUCAUCCCGUUCUCGUCCGGAGUCGCUUCAGUGGGAAGUGGUGCCGCCAGCAGCACUCCCAUCCGAAUCAACAGCGCCAAGCAUGCUGGGGCCGGUGCUGGUGACUCACUGGCGCCCUCUGCCGCCCACUCCCACUCGAUGCCGGGCACCCCCCAGCAGUCCAGCAGCAUGCCCACUGGCAGCCAGCUGCCCCUGCCCCUGCCCACCGGCGGCGGUGGCGGUGGCUCGGUGACUCCGACGGCCCUGUCCAUGGGCGCCUCCAACCAGUCGCUCGGGGUCAGCGUCGGAGCGGCCAGCAGUGUCAGUGGGAUUAGCAUCACGCCGCCCAACAGCGCCGGGCUGCGGCAGUCGACAGUAUUCGAUUUCAAAUUCAAACGGCGACCCUCGCUAAAAGUCCUCAUGACCAAACUCCCCUCCACGGACAGUCUGAGCAACAGUCCGGCGCCAUCAUCGCCAGGAAUCGCCAACUGGGCCUCAGACAACCGGGAUGGAAACCUGGCAGAUAAGUCGGCGGCCGAGGCGGCCAAACUUAACCGGAAGGAGUCCUACAAGGCCCAGAGGAAGAACUACAGACGCGAGAAGAAGCGAGUGGCCAGUGAAAUGAUGAACUCUCUCCAAGAUCCUGCAGUGAUUGUACUGGCCGACUGGCUGAAGGUUCGAGGUACUCUCAAGUCCUGGACAAAGCUGUGGUGCGUUCUGAAGCCUGGCCUGCUGCUCAUUUACAAAAGCCAGAAGACCAAGAGCAGCCACUGGGUGGGCACAGUCAUGCUCACGUCCUGCCAGGUCAUAGAGCGGCCCAGCAAGAAGGACGGCUUCUGCUUCAAGCUCUUUCAUCCGUUGGAGCAGUCCAUUUGGGCACCGCGCGGACCUGACAAGGAGACCAUCGGAGCUGUGGUCCAGCCGUUGCCAACGGCUUACUUGAUCUUCCGGGCCCCCAGUCAAGCGGCUGGCAAGUGCUGGAUGGACGCCCUGGAGCUCUCCCUGCGAUGUUCUGCCCUCCUGCUGCGCUCCAACAGCAGCACAGGAGCAGCGCCCUCAUCCAGCUACGUGGGCGAUCCGCUGCCCGUCUCCCACGAAACCCAAUGGUCGGAGGCGGACUACGAGAAGCACUUCAACGAACAUGAUCUGGAUGCAGACAGUCAGAAUGAAGCACCCAAUGCUGUCAUGUCCGGUCUGGAGUCUGAGUCGGAGUCCGAUGGCGCCGAGCAAGUUCAGGAGGAUGGACCAGAACAGUGUCAGGAGACGAGCUACGUACCCAUAACCGAGGAGGAAUUUGGCGAGCAGCAAGGAGAGCAGGUAGAGGAGUUGGCCGAGGAGAACAAGAGCUUGAUCUGGUGCAUUGUGAAGCAGGUGCGCCCGGGAAUGGACCUGAGCAAAGUGGUAUUGCCCACUUUUAUCCUGGAGCCGCGCUCCUUUUUGGACAAGCUCAGCGACUCGUACUACCAUGCAGACAUUCUCUCCAAGGCCGUCCACGAAGAUGAUGCCUUUACGCGCAUGAAGCUUGUAGUCCAAUGGUACCUGUCAAGCUUCUACAAGAAGCCCAAGGGCUUGAAGAAGCCCUACAACCCGAUUUUGGGUGAACGAUUCCGAUGCUAUUGGCAGCAUCCCACUGGCAGCAAAACCUUCUAUAUUGCAGAACAGGUCUCACAUCAUCCCCCAGUUUCUGCCUUUUACGUAACGAACCGGGAGGACGGCUUCAGUAUCACCUGCUCCAUCCUGGCGAAAUCGAAGUUCUACGGCAACAGCACCUCCGCGGUGCUAGAAGGCGCUGCCACUAUGACGUUGCUGCCGCGCGGUGAAUGCUAUACGGCGUCGACGCCGUACGCCCACUGCAAGGGCAUUCUAAUGGGCACCCUCUCGAUGGAGCUCGGGGGCAAGAUCAACAUCGAAUGCGAGAACACCGGUUACAGGACGGAGCUGGAGUUCAAACUGAAGCCAUUCCUUGGCGGUUCGGACGCCACGAAUGUGGUUGUUGGCAAGAUCAAGCUGGGCAAAGAGACUCUGGCCACCAUCUCGGGCCACUGGGAUAAGGAGUGCCGUAUUAAGGAUUCCAAAACUGGCGAAGAAACGUUGCUGUUCCGAGCAGAUGCUGAGAUGCGUUCCAAGCGGCUAACUCGGUAUUUGGUUCCAAUCGAGGAACAGCUGCCGUUCGAAUCGCAGCUUUUAUGGCAACGCGUCUCGGAGGCGAUUGCUCGCGAGGAUCAGGUGGCGGCCACCGAGGAGAAAACGGUGCUGGAGGAGCGCCAGCGGGCAGAGGCCAAAGACCGGGUCAGUGCCGACUUGCAAUAUACACCUGCUAUUUUUGAGCUCGACAACUACGGCCAGUGGGUGUACAAGUACGCGGAUCUGCGUCCGUGGGAUUCACGGAACGAUGUGCGCCAAUACGAGUGCGACUACAAGGUGCUCACCCAGACGCGGCACAAGUCCGUGCCGAUAAUCCACGGAGGCGAACUAAUGCAUCCGCUGCGUCCAUCCCUCGAGACCAUUUCGCGCAGCCAAAGACAAUCAAACGCUGGUCCGGGCAAUCAGCCGGGCGGUACAGCGGCUCCCAAGGCCAAGAACAAGAGCCUGGUGCUGGCGCCUCGCGACACCAACUCCGACUCCAGCCAGUCGCCCCAAGGCGCCGUGAAACGGAGCUCAACCAGUGCCAUCAAGCAACUAGCGCUGGCUGUUGACCAGGUUAACCGGGUUCUGGAGCAGCACACACGCCAGCUGAACGAGAUCAGCCAGCGGCUGGAGCGGAUGCAGUACGCCCCAUCGCCGAGCAAUAUGAGCAUGCAGUCGCAGCACCUGUGGGGCGGAGGGGUGUCGCAAUCCACUGUGAUCAAAUCGCUUCUCUACGCCCUGAUUGGCCUGGUGGUCAGCCUCAUUCUGCGCUGGCUGUUCAAAUAGAGACGAGGAGCCGGGGGAGUCGUUGUUGAUGUAGUUUUGUUCGGACUUGAGCAAAAAACAAAACUCCAAAAAAACUUUCAGUUAACAUCAUAUACAACUAUAUAUAUAUUAUAAACGCAUAUACAUAUAAAGGAUAAUACGCCCUAGAGUACA